AUGGUCUUUUCUCAGCUUUUAAGGACUCAAGGAUCUCUGCUUUGUGUAACGGGCGCGGUGAACAUGGGCAAGGACACCACCAUUUUUCUCCGAGGUCGGUCCAACUUUUCAGUUUUCAGUGGUAACAGGCAUCCCAUCCCCGGGAAAAGAAGACUUUCUUGCAUAUUUGGAAAAAAGCAAACUGCUGCUCUGUCCUUUCAAAAGAAACCUCGUUCUCUGAAUUACCCCCGGAUCCGUCAACCCGGGCCAAUCCGCGCGCGGUCGGCGGCGGCGGCGGCGGCGAGAGGAGGGUGGGGGGAGUCGAGCCGGUCCCUCCUCCCCAGCGCCCAGGGCCUCGCGGGGGGCGGGAAGGGACAGUCCCAUAUAAACCCCGGCCCUCUGGGCUCGGCCGCUCGCGCCGGCUGCGCUUUUCAGGGGAGGAGAGAGAGCCCUAGGCGCGAGCGGGGGAGAGGGGAUCUGCAGCCACAACUUCUUUCGUCCUCUCCUUCCCCUGUGUACCUCUACCCUUCCCUUUCCCCAUCCUCCAGCCCUUACCUUCUUGGCGGCACUGAAAGGGACUCCGGCCGCAGGUUGCGAAGGGAACCAAACUUGGUGGCGAGUUGCCUCACCGUCUGA